GACACUUCUGAUCUAUCGGUGGCCCAUCUGCUUCACAAACAAGUGAAACAACUUCCCAACUGUAAAAACACACACAAACACACUGUUCUGCGUGAGAGAGAAACCAUAGCCAGAUAACCACACACCUACCAGUAGUUCUCACCGCCCAUUUUGGCUUCCGCCGCCGCACAAUGGACAGAGAAUCCUCUUCCGACGAAGAGGAGGAUCACCGCACCCUAAUCGUCCAGAACGAAAGGCGCGGCAACGGGAAGUCGCCGCUCCGGUCCACCUUCCAGAUCAACGGCGGCUUCGAAAACCGGCCAUUCAGCUGCCGCCGGUUCAAUUUGAGCUCCGUGAAGAGAUACGGCUACCUCAUAGCUAUCGUCCUUCCCCUCUUCUUUCUCAUUCUCUACUUCGCCACCGACAUUAAGGACGUCUUCCAAACUGGAGUCGCCAAUAUUAAAACCGACGCUUCGUUUAAUCGCAUGCGCGAGUCCGAGUUGCGGGCUCUGUAUCUGCUCCAGCGGCAGCAGUUGGGGCUUUUGAAGCUGUGGAAUCAUACAUUCGUAAAUACUAAUUCGAGUUCUUCUGAGGUUAAUAACACUGUGAAUUCUACUUAUAGUAAUUCGAAUUUCAGUAGUUCUGUACCGAGAUCAUCUGUUUCUUCAGUAUUAUUGGAGGAUUUCCAGGCUGAUUUGCUAAGUCAGAUUUCAUUGAACAAGCAAAUUCAACAAGUUCUCUUGUCGCCGCAUAAGUCAGGGAACUUGUUGGAUGCAUCGGGUAAUUUCACGGAUCCGGAUGUCAAUGCUUUUGGCAGGUGUAGGAAGGUGGAUCAUAGGUUUUCCAAUCGGAAAACCAUUGAGUGGAAGCCAAGAUCAAAUAAGUACUUGUUUGCCAUUUGUGUUUCGGGUCAAAUGUCGAACCAUUUAAUCUGUUUGGAAAAACACAUGUUUUUUGCUGCUUUACUUGGCCGCAUUUUGGUUAUACCAAGCUCAAAAGUUGACUAUGAGUUUCACCGGGUUUUGGAUAUAGAUCACAUUAAUAAGUGCUGUGGGAGAAAGGUGGUUGUCACUUAUGAUGAAUUUGCAGGAAUUCGGAAGAACCAUGUGCAUAUAGAUAAGUUCAUGUGUUAUUUCUCACAGCCACAGCCUUGUUUUAUGGAUGGUGAGAGAGUUAAGAAGUUGAAAUCCUUAGGGGUUUCAAUGAAUAAGCUUGAGACUGCUUGGGACGAGGAUGUUAAGAAGCCAAUGCAAAGAACUACCCAAGACAUAAUUGCAAAGUUUUCUUCAGAUGAUGAUGUUAUUGCAAUUGGCGAUGUGUUCUUCGCUGAUGUAGAAAAAGACCUGGUGAUGCAGCCGGGUGGUCCCAUUUCCCACAAAUGCAAGACACUCAUAGAGCCCAGCCGUCUUAUUAUGCUCACCGCCCAGCGAUUUGUACAAACAUUUUUGGGAAGGAACUUCAUAGCACUUCAUUUCCGACGACAUGGUUUCUUAAAGUUUUGCAAUGCCAAGGAGCCAAGUUGCUUCUACCCUGUUCCUCAAGCUGCAGAUUGUAUCAAUCGAGUGGUUGAGAGGGCUAAGUCCCCAGUAAUAUAUCUCUCAACAGAUGCAGCAGAAAGUGAAACUGGUUUACUUCAGUCACUUGUUACCUUCAAUGGAAAAACUGUACCGCUUGUGAAAAGGCCUGCUCGUAAUUCAGCCGAGAAAUGGGAUGCAUUGUUAUACAGACAUGGUCUCGAGGAAGACUCUCAGGUGGAAGCUAUGCUGGACAAAACAAUCUGUUCUUUGUCAACCGUGUUUAUUGGAUCCUCGGGAUCCACCUUCACCGAAGACAUCUUGCGGCUGCGCAAGGACUGGGGAUCAGCAUCAGUGUGCGAUGAGUAUCUCUGCCAGGGCGAAGCACCAAACUUGAUUGCAGAUACGGAGUGAGUUAAUAAUAGUUACAAAUUGGUAGAACAUUUUCUUGCAACCUCCGCGGGCAUGGUGGAACCUGGAAUUGCGACACUGCAGUGCUCAAUAUUUGUGGGAACGGAGGUAACAACAAAAGUCUAACUAUGUUUGAUGUGUGCACAUACUCAAUCUUUGCUUUUGAUCUGUAAUUAGUGUAUGAUAUUAGCGAAUCACAGUGGUGUUUUGUUGUAUUCAUUUAUUCCCCUUAGGCAUGUGUUAAUAAUACCCUUUCUUGGUGCCCAAUAUGUCUCUCAUGUUCGGUGCGGAGGUUAUUGUGAAACUGAGGAGGCAUGUGGAUGAAGAAGAUGGCAUUGGAAUAACUGAAAGCAUGCAUAUAUGUA